AUGCCUAGAGCUAUAAUCAGUGACGGAGAAUCUCACUUUCAUGAGCGGAAGUUAGACACCCUCCUCAAAAAGUAUGGUGUUUACCAUAGGACAGGGUUAACCUACCAUCUCCAAACUAGUGGCCAAGUUGAAGUUUCCAACCGUGAGAUCAAGGCCAUUAUAGAGAAGGUGGUGGCAAAAUUAAGGAAAUAUUGGAGCGAUAAUUUGGAUGACACCCUUUGGGCAUACAGAACUGCGUUUAAGACCCCAAUAGGUAUUAUUCCAUAUAGACUCGUGUACGACAAAGCAUGUCAUCUUUCGGUGGAAUUAGAAUUUAAGGCAUAUUGGGCUAUUAUGGAGCUCAAUUUGGAUGUCAAGUUAGCGGGAAAGUUGAAGUCAAGGUGGUCGGGUCCUUUUACUGUCAAAAGGGCUAACAAAUUUGGUUUUGUGGAGGUAUUUGAUGAGCAUGGUAACGAGUUCAAGGUUAAUGGCCAAAGACUCAAGCUAUAUCAUGAGGGGGCUACGAUUGGUGCACUUGAACUACUUCACCUAAGAGGUUCCGGUUCAUUUUGA